AGAAUCCAAUCCAAAUAUCCAAGCAAGCAAACCGACUGCCGAUUCUGCCAGUUCUGCCGUCUGUCGUCGUUUGGUCGUUGCUUGAUAGUUUACUUCGUAGGUUAGUUCGUUGUCAUCAUAAUUUCCCCGAAGACUACAGCCACCAAGCAUGUGCUACUUUCUGAGAAUACUCGUAGAAUAUUUCCUCCCUUUCUGCUUGAAAGCUUAACGGCUGUCGGAGUGAGGGAAUCGACCUUACGCAUGACAGACAGUUCAGCUCACUGAUCUCCAAGUCCAGCUCCUGCAGCAGCACUUGUUGCCACAUCGAGACCACUUGGGAUGCAUGGGAGAGAUAGGAAGGUGAACACACCGGUCCGAGAUGCAUCCCAGCAACUCUCUCACCUGACCGUGCCCAAAAAAUGUCGAUCAACCAUGAUCGACGGGCAUAACGGCCCAUUUCAUAACUCCCGCGGAGUUCUCAUGCUUGCUGCACUAUCUCGUUUGAGGUGGCUGCUUCAGGUUCAGUUCCUGACGCAUAGGGUUCUCGGUUACGCCGUCCAACGCCGCUCGUGCGUGCCCGAUCUCCAGCCCGAUCACGUCGGCGGUUACGUGUUCAGGACCGUGUUCGGCGUGAACAAGCGGCCAAUCGGGCGGAGGACCGUGCGGCCGUGCAUGGCGCUUCCGGGCGGGCGCUGCUUUGAGUGCCGCUUCUGCCCCAAGACGUUCAUGUACAAGCACCACCUGAUGGACCACAACCGCACACACACCGGCGAGCGGCCGUUCAAGUGCCACCUGUGCACCAUGUCGUUUGCCCGCAAGUUCACGUUGGUGGAGCACACUCGGCGGCACACGGGCGAACGCCCGCACAAGUGCGACUUCUGUCCGCUCAGGUUCAGGUCGAGGUCAUCGCUGACGCAGCACAUGAAGAGGUGCCGCAACGGGUAGGGAGGCCCUGCUAUUGAGUGGUUUCACGUGGCAUACUUCCGGCUCCUUGCCGGAUGCCAUGCUGGUGAAAUUUUGCUAGGUGUCUUUUUAUGUUCGUGGGCAGUGUUUUCCAGCUCUGUCGGUUGUUUUAGCGUCGCGAUCGAUUGCGUCUGCUGGAGCAGUCGGUGACGAAAGGAGCACUGUCUGACUUUCGACGUUCAUACAUAUCGCUCUUUAUUCAAACUUAUGUUGAGCCGGUGAUCGAGAAGUCGACCUAUCGGCGGCCAUACAGGCCCCAGCAGGCCCCAGUAGAUUCUGAAAGGAAGCGAAUUGGAAUAAGCAUGGAUUUAUGCAUCCUAGACGUGUCCCCGGUCAUACUUGGAGAGUUCUGUCGUCGACGGACUCGCUCGGUCAUGCUUCAGUGUUUCACCAACGCCAAAAACAACAGCAAUAACUAAAUUUUGGUGGCGAUGCAAGCUAGUCGGCGCAUACUUUGAAAAAUGGAACACGGCACGCCAACGACGAGGACGCAAAGAAAAUGGA